AUGUCGAACGAAUUGGCGGCGACCCUGCGGCAGGAUGAUGAGGAGGAUGUUUUUCUGCGGCCUCCGUCAAAGGGAUUGUCGUCGGUGGAGGCGGAUCGACUCCUUGACCAUCAUGGGCGCAAUGAGCUUCCACACAAGACUGUACCUGGCUGGCUUAUUUUUGUGCGCUGUUUGUGGGGUCCAAUGCCCAUCGCCAUUUGGUUAGCCGUUACCAUUGAGUUUUCUCUUCAAAAUUUUCCCGAUGGUGGCAUUCUACUUUUCAUUCAGUUUGCCAAUGCCACAAUCGGCUGGUACGAAACAACUAAGGCCGGUGAUGCGGUGGCGGCACUUCGUGACUCAUUGAAGCCCCUGGCAACGGUCAUGCGUGAUGGAGUGUGGCAGAACAUUGACGCGGCGCUUGUGGUGCCAGGAGACCUUGUGAAACUUGCCUCAGGCUCCGCGGUUCCCGCUGACUGCACCAUCAAUGAGGGAACCAUUGACGUGGACGAGGCGGCGCUCACGGGUGAGUCGCUGCCGGUGACGAUGGGAACGGAACAAAUGCCAAAGAUGGGCUCCACUGUGGUGCGAGGGGAGGUGGAUGGCACAGUGCAGUUUACAGGUCAAAAAACGUUUUUUGGCAAAACAGCGUUGCUUUUGCAGUCCGUUGAAUCCGAUCUUGGCAACAUUCACUACGUGCUGGUACGAGUCAUGUCCGUUCUGACAUCGUUUUCACUUGUAUUGUGUAUUAUCUGCUUUGUUUAUCUUAUGGAACAUUACAAGAUGAACUUUUCUGAUUCUCUGGAGUUUACCGUUGUGUUGCUUGUCGUGUCGAUCCCAAUUGCCAUCGAAAUUGUCGUCACAACCACGCUUGCGCUGGGGUCAAAGGAGCUGUCAAAGAAGAAGGUGAUUGUCACCCGCCUCUCCUCGAUUGAAAUGAUGGCCGCGGUCAAUAUGCUUUGCUCUGACAAGACUGGAACAUUGACACUGAACAAGAUGGAAAUUCAGGAGCACUGUCAUGUUUUCAGUAAGGAAUACAACCGUGAGAGUGUGCUCGUCUUGGCGGCUCUUGCAGCCAAGUGGCGUGAGCCGCCACGUGAUGCGCUUGACACGAUGGUGCUGAGCGUGGCUGACCUGGAUAAGUGUGACAGGUACACACAGCUGGAGUUUGUUCCUUUUGACCCUCGCAUUAAGCGCACAGAGGCGACCCUCCGCGGUCCCGACGGUCUUGUUUUCAAAGUAACCAAGGGCGCACCAAACGUUGUCUUGCAGCUGGUGCACAACCGCGACGCCAUUAAGGCUCAGGUUGAGGGCAUCAUUGAGGACUUGGGUCGGCGUGGCAUCCGUUGCCUCACAGUUGCUCGCACUAAGGAGGACCAGCAAUGGCAUAUGGCGGGUAUUUUGACCUUUCUGGAUCCUCCGCGUCCCGACACAAAGGAGACUAUCCGCCGCAGUAGGGAGUAUGGCGUUGAUGUGAAAAUGAUUACGGGUGACCAUCAACUCAUUGCAAAGGAGAUGGCUCGUAUGCUUGACAUGGACACAAAUAUCUUGACCGCCGAGGGGUUGCCAAGAUUUCCCGCAAGUGGAGACCCAAAGGAUAUUCCAUCGACACUCGGUGAGUCACAUGGUGACAUGAUGUUGGCUUGCGGAGGUUUUGCCCAUGUGUACCCGGAGCAUAAAUAUAUGAUUGUGGAAACGCUACGACAACGCGGAUAUACGGUGGCAAUGACAGGGGAUGGCGUCAAUGAUUCUCCCGCACUGAAGCGCUCUGACGUUGGCGUUGCCGUGGAUGGUGCCACUGACGCCGCUCGAGCCGCAUCAGACAUGGUGUUGACGGAGCCCGGUUUAAGUGUCGUUGUGGACGCGAUGCUUAUUGCGCGUGGAGUUUUUCAACGCAUGCUAUCUUUUCUAACGUAUCGUAUUUCUGCAACUCUACAGCUUGUGUUAUUUUUCUUUAUUGGCGUCUUUGCCCUUCCGUGCCAGGACUACGGUGUGGAGGAUCCAGACUUCCGCUUUUUUCGCAUCCCGGUCUUGAUGUUCAUGCUUAUUACACUGCUGAAUGAUGGGACUCUGAUGACGAUUGGAUACGACAACGUUGUGCCUGAUCAACGUCCUCAGCGCUGGAAUCUGCCUGUGGUGUUUACCAUUGCCGCUGUGCUUGCCUGUGUGGCGUGUGCGUCGUCCUUGCUCUUGCUCUGGAUGGCACUGGACUCUCACGACACCUCCUCGUGGUUCCACAAUUUUGGCAUUCCGCCUGUUUCCGAGGGUCAGAUUGUGACAAUGUUGUACCUUAAGGUCUCCAUCUCCGACUUUCUAACGCUCUUCUCGUCGCGUACCGGCAACAAUUGGUUCUGGUCAUUCCGCCCUAGCCUCGUCCUCAUCCUCGGCGCCGUCGUUUCACUGGGGUUGUCCUCUUGUGUCGCCUCCUUUUGGCCGGACGGGAAACUAGACAACGUCGUCGUCGUUGGCCUUUCACACGGUGAUAGCCAGGCGCACCGUCUGCUGCCCCUCUGGGUUUGGGUUUGGUGCGUCGGGUGGUGGUUCGUGCAGGAAAUCGCCAAGAUGCUGGCGUACAAGGUUCUGGAGGUGUUUGACGUAUUUAAUUAUCGCACCAUUGCGGAGGGCAGAUGGAAGCCAUCGGCGAAGACGAGAUUCCGGCGUCGCUCACGCGGAAUGAGUUUGGGUGCCACCGACAACGUUGAGCAGCCCCUUUUGUCAUAA